GUUUGUUGCAGUUCUGCUAAAAUUGACCACUUGCCUCAUUUCACUCCAAACUCAUUACACUCAUCAACAGACAACAAUUUCUUAUUAACUUUCUAGCUGUGGGCUCGUUUGGUUUCUGUCUGUAAAUAUGGUGACAAGCAGCAUGUUACUGAGUGUCCUCUUUGUUUCAGGUGUUUGGGCUGCUUGUCCUCAGGAGUCAGACCUCUUCAUUACUGCACCACAGAACAUGGAAGCACUGAGUGGAUCUUGUUUGCAAAUCCCAUGUAACUUUAGAGCUAAAUCAGAACAAGAGAUUGACAGCACAAGAGAAACCUUCGGAGUGUGGAUUAAAAGUGACUCCAGGUUUGCCAAUUAUCCUGACAAUGUGAUUUUCAACAGUAGCAGGACAGCUAACACCUAUCCAAUGAGGAUUACUGGAAACCUGAGUCAGAAAAACUGCACCACUCUGUUUUCCAGUUUAAAUACAAGUUAUACAAACACAUACUUCUUCAGAAUUGAGAACAAACCAUUCAUCGCAACAGCAUCUUGUGAUCCUCUUCAAAUAACAGUUAAAGAUUCUCCUCCGAGCCCCAGAAUUGAGAUCCCAGCUGAUCUGAAGGAGAAGCAGUCUGUCACUAUAACCUGCUCAGCUUCCACUCCCUGUCCACACUCCCCUCCUAAACUCACCUGGAACCUCCAACAAGACUCUCACAGCAACACAGAGGAAAACACAGAUCGAACCUUUACAACUAAAAUCCAGGAGACCAUCACUCUGUCAGACCAACAUGAUGGAUACAACAUCACCUGUUCUGCCAGAUAUCCUGUGAAUGAAGGAAAAGAUGUCAAGACAGCAGAGGAGAGAAAGACUCUCAGUGUUUCAUAUGCUCCUAGAGACACCUCAGUGUCCAUCAGUCCAUCAGGUUUGGUGUCAGCAGGUAGCUGGGUGAACCUGACCUGCUCCAGCAGAGCCAAGCCUCCCGUCAGCCGCUUCACCUGGUUCAAGAACAACAAAGAUGGACCCAAGAAUGUAUCUGUAGGAGAGGUUUACAGCUUCAAGGUGACCAAUGUCACUGAUGGAGUUUAUUACUGUGUGGCCACUAAUGAUCUCGGUAAUGAAACAUCAUCAGAGAUCCAUCUGACAAUUGAAGGAGCAAAACAGCCUGGUAGCUCUUUACCAUGGGGGGCAGUUGUUGGAGGGAUCGUUGGGGUCAUUGUACUCAUCUGUGUGGUUGUAGCCGUUUGGUGUUUAAAGUCAAAACAUCCAACUUCACAACAGACACAGAGCCCAACAGCUGAAGAACCAGCCAGAGGAACAGAAAAUGAAGACAUUCAUUAUGGAGAGAUCGACUUCUCCAAGCUGAGACCUGAUCCGUCCUCUGACUCAGCGCAGGACAGAGGACAGCAGCAGGAUACUCUGUAUGCACAGGUCAAAGUGUCCCAGCCAGCAAAUAGCUUAACACAGACUGCUGACGGCCCAGAGGAUCUUUACGCUCAAGUGAAGAAAAAAUGAAUGUAUAGAUGGACGUGUAUUUUAUUUAACAAAUAUGGUUGUAUUAUCAUUAUUGUUACAAGGAAA